UAGUCCGGCUUUGUAGCUGCUGUUUCGUUGUUUUCAGGUCGAUUAUUAUGUCAAAGGAGACCUCCAAUACGUACUCAAACUCACUGGCUUACAAGUCAGAUCUACGUACACGCGCGCAGUAGCUAUAAUAAUUAUCGAUAGCUACAAAUGUGCUGUGAUGGCGCCGGUGGAAGUCGAGAGCUAGAGAGGACGACGCACAUUUCUAAUCUUGCUGACGUGGCAUCACGAAUUUGUGCACUGCAUAUGAGUGCAUGACAAACUGUGUCUCUGUGCAGUCCUUAUUGGCUAUGACAAAGCGUGAGAUCGAAGCGUACUUGAUUCACCCUGAAGAUAUCGGGGCUCUGCACAGGUGUCGAGGGUCACGUGUGAUGGACUGCAGAUUCUAGACAGUCGUAUGUCUUGGCAUUGCUCUACACUGCACUGAGCAAGCGAGCAGAGGUGAAAGGAGUUCAAACUACGUUCCCCCGUCGCACACAAUUCCUCUCCAGGUGUUUGUGCCCGGAACGAACAACUUGAAAAUAAGCGAGUGGCAACUCUGCGUGACGUCAGGCGUUCUCAUGGCAGCGGAGGACGGUGCAGACCACUAUCAGGAGUUAUCGCGCUGCGCGUCGAGCACGUGCGCCCGCUGCGCGCGUUACCAGAGCGUGCGCUCCACUGCCGUACAGCGCUGGCACGAGCUGGACGGCGCGACGGGAGUGAAAACCGAGAGAAUGCGCCACGCGGUGGAGACGCUACACGGCAUGACGACGACGAAGGUCGCCCGUGGCGACACCCCGGUCACCAUGGCGACACGCGGGGAGACGACAGCUUCUGCUGUGCCGGCGGCACACAUCGAUCGUGCCGCCGCUACGGCCUCUGGUGAGUCCAACGGUGCGGUGCUCACGGAUCUGGGAGCGGCGGAAGAGUAUGUGUUCUUCGUUCCCGGCCUGCCCAUGCAGCCCUGGUAUGAGUACAGCGCAGGUGUCGGAGCAGAAGGUAUGGACAGCGCCUGUGGUGGUGCUGCUGGUGUUGGUGAUGUUAGUCACAUGUAUAGUCACAUUGCCCAGAGCGGUCUGACUGACGAUGCAGUGCUGGACGACAUUCGCGCCGAGUUCACGACCGCGUGGGACAGCAGUGCGAGCGCGUGGAAGUUCAACACCACGGGCAACGUAAAGCACGGCUGGAAGAGCCUGCCGCUCGUCGAUCAGGGCUCCGAUCACCGCGGCAACCAGGCGCUCAUGCCGCGGACGAUGGCGGCCGUUCGUCGCCUCGGCAAUGAGGUGCGGAUGAGCAGCUGCGCGUUUGGCAACGUGUGCGUGUCGGUACUGGAGCCGGGCGCACACAUCCUGGCGCACCGCGGCCCGUGCAACGUGCGCAUGCGCUGCCACGUUCCGCUCUUCGCCCCCGACGGGCCGUGGCUGCGGGUGGACAGGUCGCGGCGCGGAUGGCACGACACACCGUUCCUGCUGUUUGACGACGCGUACGGCCACGAGGUGAAGCACGACGGGUGCGAGGAGGACGGCGCUCGCGUUGUUCUCCUGGUGGACCUGUGGCAUCCGGCACUCACUAGUGAUGAGCAGGCAUGUCUACGGGCACUGUUUCCGCCUCUCCAGGACAACACUCCGGUUAGUUAGAAGCGGGGAGUAGUAAAACACCGGUCUUUUACUACUCCCUGGUUAGAGCUCCAUUGUCAUGGUUAGCCACUCUAUUCAUGCACCUACAUGAGCAUGACCGUAUAUACAAAAAUAACAUUUUUUUAAUUUUACCAUGCAUCGAAAUGUUCCCGAUACAAGGGCAUUCUCUUCAAUACGAGUAACCAAGUCGUCAAAAUACACUCUUGAUUAAUUGAGGAGUUUUUUUUUACAGCUGUUGGUGAUAGAGCUUUCAGUUGAUCCAUCCUUUGUUUCUUUUCUGCCAGUAUCACUACCAACAUUAUCUUUUUGAAAUUUUUUCUUGCAAGAACAGCUUUCGCCGAAGUGCCUGUACGAAUGUGUGCGAAUGAAACCGACCUGUUCCUGUUGAAAGGGCAUGUCUUGUGAA